CGUUGAUGUUUACAAAUGGAGUCGGUACAGGGUGAUGUUUGAAAUUGAGCAUGUAGUUUACAGUCUUAGAAAUACCCUCCACAAAUUUAUGUGCGGACAACGAAUUAGACUUAGAUCACAAUGUCAGAAAGAUACAGCUCGGAAACGUCUGUGGUGACCAGAAGAUAUGGAAGAAGUGGCGGAGCUAAUCGUGGCCAAAUGCAGAGUUUGCUCGGCGAGUUCAGGGGUCUGUAUGAGGGAAAAUUGAGGAGACUCGAGGAAGCCGAAAAAACAGGAGAGGAAACAUCAAAGACACGAGUGCGUAUCCUGCAGUCUUACGUGAAUGACCUGAGUGAACAGAAUGAGGUGCUGGUGCAGACAGUGGAGGAGCUGGAGAAAGAAGCCAACGAGAGAGUUGCCAUCCUCGAGUCUAAACUGGCCAAGACUUCUGGCAGUGUCAAGCUUACAGAGGCAAAACAUCAGGACUAUGUUUCCAAGACGCGGGACUUGGAGAGGGAGUUGCGGAACUUGUCCGUGGAAAAGACUAGGGCGGAGACGAUGCUGGAGGAGAUGAAGUCCAGGUUGUCGCGGCAGGAAGAUGUCAACGGCAAGCUCCGGGAUGAGAACAGCAACCUCAACCAUGACAUCGACCAGCUCAUCAACGUCGUCAGCGUGGCCCGGUCGGCAGGACGUUGGGAGAUUGACACUGUUAGGUUUCGUGAGCUCACUGUAGAUCAAGUUUUUGGUUCAAUGCAUGAAACUUACACCAAGAGCAGGCACCUGGAGGACGGCAGCAGCAGCAGCAGCUCCUCGGGGCGUGUCCAGGACCUGCAGGACCAGCUCCGGAGGAAGGAAGACGUGAUCCAGGCCAUGCAGCUGGAGCUACAGGACAAGCGCUCCACCGACUCCCAUCUGGACCAGUAUUCUAGUCAGUCAGACCGAGACUAUGCUGUUGGCAAGGUCAAGGCCGACCUCAGGAAGUCAGAACAGAAGUUAGAUGACCUUCAGUAUGAGAUGCAGAACCGAGAGCGAAAGAUUUUGUCCCUCCAGAACCAACUGACAGACCUGCACAAUGAGCUGGCCGUGAAAGAGUCAGAGAACACCAACCAUGUACAGACCAUCAAGAUGCUGCAGGACAAACACAGGAUGGCUGCCAGCGAGGUUGGGAAGUAUGAAGACACAGUGCGACAACUUCGGAGUGAGGUAACAGCGGUCAAAAGCCAGCAUUCCCAGUCCAGCCAAGAUGUGUCUCAUUUUGAAAGAAGAAUAAGGUCCUUAGAAAGUGAGCUCCGGGAAAGUAAGGAGUACCGAAGAAAGUCUCUGGAUGAGAUCGGCGCCCUGCAGGAACGUUUGCGAGACGGCCAGGUGUCAACACAAGAUCACCAUGAAAUCCUCAAGUCUGAGCUGGCUCGACGAGAUGAAACAAUUCAAAAACUACGUCGGGACGUGUUGUCUUUACAAGAGAAGAGGGAUGCAGCUGUAGCAGAGCUUGACGACAAUGUACAUCUACUCCACAACUUUGAAGGUCAACAUAAACGCCACCAAGAGGAGAUGCACCGCUCUGAGACGCGUAUGAAGGCUCAGGAUGAUGAGAUCAACCAUCUGAGACGUCAGCUUGAUGAAAGUGACAAUGAGGCCAGUGGACUGAGAAACAAGGUGACAAGGUUAGAGGGGGAAAUCCAAACCCUGAGGAGCCAGAGCUCGGAGGCGCAGACACAGGUCAACAAAUUGACCGCAAGUCUACAACGACUGCAAAACUCAUCUAAAGAUACUCGUGAUGCCCUGACCUCCGAGGUAUCCGAGAGACACGACGCAAUUGUCAAACUCCGCAAUGAAAACUGCGAGAUUGAUGACAAGCUACGAGAGGCUAUCUCAACAGCGAAACACAGAGGAGAGGUUAUCAAACAGCUCAAGGAAGAAAUCAAAAUAUCUUGUGCCAAGACCCAGGAGGCCCAGCUGAAGAUGGAUGAGGUGGAGAGGGAGAUGCAGCAGCUGCAGAGUCGAUACGCUGCCCAGGCCAGGGAGAUUGACCGCCUCCAGACGGAGGUGCAGGAGCGAGACCUGGCGGCCUCACAGCAGGAGACCAUGUCCAAGUCCGAGAUGGCCGACAAGGAGGAGGAGGUGAUGCGCCUCAAGACCGACCUCAAUGUGCUGCAUGAGAGGUUCUCCCAGAACGAGGGGCAGCUGAUGUCGCGAGACGAGCAGAUCAGCCGCAUCCAUCGCCAGCUGCAUGAGCUCCAGGAUGAACUCACAAACAAGGAGACCACACUACAGAAGACCGACAUCGACCUCAUGAACAUUGCCGAGGACAGGCGCAAACUGGAGGACAGUUUGUCGAGGAAGGACAUCACUCUCCAUCAGCUGUCCCAGGAUCUGUCAAACGCCAAGGAGCUGUACAAGGAGGCAGUGGAGGAGAACGGGCGCCUCGAGGCGCGUAUACAGGCCUUCGCUAUCAACGCCCAGAGUGAGCAGGAUGUGCUGAAUACCGAGGUCAAGCGGCGAGAGGAAGCCAUCAAGAAGCUGAAGAUGGAGCAACUGAGUCUACAGGAAGUCAGCAGUAGAUAUGAGGAGAAGGUGACACAGAUGAGCAGAGAGAUCGAACAGCUCAAGGUACAGCUACGGUCUGCAAAUAAUGAGAUUGACACGAAGAAGGCAGCAAUGCAGAACCUGGAAACCAGUCUGGAGGAGGCCAAGAAGCGGAACGUAGCUCACCUGGAUGAGGUGGCUCGCCUGGAGGACAAGGUCCGGGAACUGAGUAUAGAGCUCACCUCUGUCAAUGCUCAGGUCGACAACCUCGCCCAUACUAUUGACACGAAGGACAACAUGGUCCAGCAGCUGCGGGGGGACGUGGAGGUGCUACAGAGACAGCAGAAGGAGACGGUCAACAAGGUGUUGGUACGAGAUGAAAACAUCCAAAGACUGAAUGCAGACAUCGGGAAGCUGAAGGCAAAACACCAGGAGAAAGUCAGCGAGUUACAUUCCUGCUCAGCCGAGAUUCAAAAGAGUUCCGACCUCAUCAAGAAGCUCCAGGACACUGUGACCCACUGUCACAUUGACCUAGAUGAUACACGCAAGAGGGCCGAGGAGGAUGUGCGGGGCCGGGAGAUGACCAUCAAGCAGCUGCAGGAGGAUCUGUUGGAGUCCCAGACACAGUACUCCUCCUGCUACAAUGAGAUGUUGAAACAGGAGGAUGACAUUUUGAAGCUGAAGACAGAGAACUCCCAGCUGAACGAGACAACACAGCGCAGCAGCCAGGACAUCAGCCAGCUGCAGGAACAGCUGCAUCAGAUAGAGCUGGACCUCACCAUCUCUCAGGAGAAACACAGGACCUGCCAGAAGGAGGUUGCAAAUCGUGACCAGGUUAUCCUGAGACUUCAGACAGAUCUGGACACCACACAGCAGAAAUACAGCGGGACCACGGAGGAGCUGAACAUCAGGGAGGACGAGGUUCAGCGUCUCAAUGCCAAAAUCAAACAACUGCAGCAGGAGAUCAGGGGACUUAACUCUCACAUAGAAGCCAACGAGCAGCGGAUUGCUAAUGAUGAGAAGAAGGUGCAGAAUCUGCAGCAUGACCAGGAGAUCACACUGCAGGAGGUGAAGAACCACUUGCGGACAAUCGAGCAGCUGAAGUCCGACCUCCAGAUGGCCCGCAGUGGCCACUCCCAGGAGGUGAAACGCCUCCACCAGGACAUGGAACACCUCAAGGAGGACCUUGAGGUCACCCGGGGUGAGCUGACAGCCAGCCAGAACCACAACUCGGAGUACAGGGCCACCAUCGACACACUCAACGACGAGCUGGACAGGUUCCGCAAGAUGCAGGAGGAAGCUUCCAUGGAGAUGCGUCGUCAGGCUGACUCCAUUGCGGAGCAGGAUGUGAGUUUAUCUGAGACUCGGCAGCAGCUGGUGGUCCUGGAGAGUCAGCUGGACACAGCGAAGCAUGACGGUGACCAGCUGCUGCUCAGUCUGGAGAGCUACAAGAUGAAGUACAGCCAGUGUAUCACACAGAUCGACAAUCUGGAGGCGUCCAUGAAGGGACUACAGGACAAGUUACAGGACAGCCGGGGCAGGGAGCUCGAGAAGGAGCAGAACCUUGACCGCCUCAAGUCCGAUCUGGACAACCUGGACAAGAUGUACACUGAGGCCAAGCGGGAGGUACAGAAGUGUGAGGAUGUCAUCGAGCAACUAACCCAGGAGCUGAACGCCACCCAGGAGGACCUCUCCGUCUCCCACAACCGGGUCCGGGAGAGCGAGGAGAAUGUCCGCAACCUCAGGGAGAGGCUCCAGGACUCACAGCACGAGGCUCGUCAGAAUGAGGAGAAGGCGCGGAACCUAGAGAAUGAUCUGCUGUCUUACCAAGGAGACCACAGUCACACUGACCAGGAGUUCCAAGAGAGGGAGGAGCGUAUCUCCCGUCUGGAGUAUGACCUCGAGGACACCAGGAACAACCUGGACAGCAAGGCUCGGCACAUCGCCGACCUCCAGAACGAGAUCUCUGACCUCCAGUCAGAGCUCACCAUCACCAAGGACCAGAAGGCCAGUGCCAGUAACGAGAUCACUCGUCUGGAGCAGAACAUCCAGCAGCUGCAGCUGAGUUUGUCGUCUGCUCACCAGCGCCACAAGACGGACACGGAGAGGCUGGAGGACACCAUCACAUCACUGCAGCACCAGCUGUCAGACGCCCAGACCCGCGUCGAGUCACUGGACCAUGAAGUCAACAGGAAGGAGGAACAGAUCAAGCGGAACGAGGGCGAGAUCCUCGCAUGUCGGGAUGACAUCAAGAACAAAGUGGACGAGAUUGAGAAGCUGGAGCUGGCCCUCCAUGACCUGAAGAUCAGCCUGAACCAGAUGAAGACAGCCCGGAGACAGGCAGAGAGCACGAUCGAGGAGCUACAGGGUGAUGUGGACCGGCUGAAGACGGACAUGACGGAGGCCCGGUCCCAGUACAGAGACUGUGCUCAGGAGCUCGCACACCACGAGGAGAAGCUGAUGCUGAUGGAGCAGAGCCUCCAGACGACCCAGGACCAGCUGAGUCAGCGUGUCACAGAGGUCGUCCGACAUGAGCAGGUCAACAGGAAACUGCAGGCCGAGCUGAAGACGCUGCGAGAACGCUGCGCCAGCUACGAGGAGGAGAUCGCAGAACAGAAAUCUGUGAUUGACAAGCUGCGGAAGGACCUGAUGGUGUCGAAGGAGGAGCACCACACGGCGGUGCAGGAGGGGUUGGCGUACAAGCAGCAGGCACACAAGGUGGAGGUGGAACUGGAGGGGUCGCGGGAGCAGGAGAAGAUGCUGUCAGACCAGGUGGAGCAGCAGGACAUGAUCCUGGGUCAACUUCAGACAGAACUCCGGGGAGAGAGAGAUCGCCACCAGGACACCAACAGGCAGCUGGGUCAGAGCAAGAAGAUGGCUGCUGACCUGCAGGAGGAUAUCGACCAGUACCAGAAGCAGGCUCGGGACAUGGCACAGAGGCUCCAGGAGAAGGAUGAGAUGAACCUGCGACUGCGGGCUGAGAUCGACGACCUCCAACAGAAGCUGCGUGGGCUGAAGGAGGAGCUGGCAGAAAGAGACGGCCAGCUGCGUGUGGCCAAGAUGAACCUCCAGACUGCCCAGAAGCAGAGUGUCCACCACUCCCAUGAGGUGACUAAGUAUGAGGAGACUCUGUCCCAGCUCCAGUCUGACCUGGAGAAGAUCCAGGAACAGUACAGAAGAGCUCAUGCAGAGCUGAUGGACAAUGAGCAGAGGGUGCAUGACCUGAAGGUACAGCUGACCACUGUCCAGGGCAACCACAAGGAGUCCAUGGACCAGCUGGGGGAGAAGUCCCGCCUUGUGGCUGCACUCAAGACAGAGGUGGCCAAACUCCAGCAGCAGAACCAGUCAAUGACAGAGGAGAUCGCCUUCUAUGAAGACCGGAUGCGGAAGCUGCAGCAGGAGCUGAGGAAGAUGCAGGAGCUCAACAAGGCCACUGAGGAUGAGCUUCAGCACUUCGAGGAGCGGUACACGACCCUGCAGACGGACCUGUACUCUAGUCAGGAGAAGCAGAAGCAGUCGCUCCAGGAACUGUCAUCGAAGGAGGAAGAGUCAGUUGUCAUCAAGGUCGAGCUGGCCAGUCUGCAGGAGAAGUACAAGAACAUGGUGGAUGAGUCCCACAAGCUGAAGAGUGAGCUGCAGCUGAUGAAGCAGAACUACCGCAGCGCCAACGAGGAGAUCCAGGGUCUGCGUGUGGCCUUGGAGGAGUCGAGGUCCAAUGGAGACCGCCUGCAUCGGGAGAGUGAGCUGGUGGUGCAGAACGUCAACACCUGGGUGCAGGAGCAGAAAGCUGCCAAUGAGAAACUGGGCAACAAGAUUAGGGAGCAGAGUAAAGCCAUCAUGAACCUGACGGCCGAGAAGGAGCAGCUGCUGGAACAGGUACAGAAGUACCAGAAGCAAAACAACAAGAUCCGGAUAGAACUGGAAGAGAGGAGGGCAGAGGGAGACAAGUUCAAGGCUCUCCAGAGUCACUCCACUCACCAGCAGGUGCUCCUCAACCAGCUCAAGUCACGCCUUGAGGAACACGAAAUCGAACAAGAUCAAGAACUCAAAUCUAAAGUAUACACAAUAGAAGACCUCCAUGCAAGAUUAAAAUCAAAUAUAGAAAACAUUCAACAGCUUAAUCAACAGUUAAGUGCGGUCCAGAAGGAGAAUGUGCGACUACGUGGUGAGCUGGACCGCGAGGUGGCGACGAGGCAGACGUUGGAGCUGCAGGUAGAGAGCAAGGAGCAGAUGCUGACCAGCAUCAAGUCCCACAACGACACCAAGAUGCACCAGCGGAUAAUGGGGGAUCACGGACUGCUGCAACGUGCUGGCAGCCCUGAAAAGGCUACCCAGGCAGCACUGAGUCGUGCUGCCAGCGAGAUGGGGGCAGACCCCCACAGUUUGGACAAGGCCUACUGGAUACAGAGAGUGGGGGAGUUGUCCAUCCAGCUCCAGGAGAGCAGUGAGUACUGGUCAGAUAAAGUCCGUGACCUCACGUGCCAGGUGGAGAAACACAGUCUGACGUGCUCACCCAAACCUAGAUAAGCCAUCAUCAAUCUGGUCAUCUCACAAUGUCCGUCCAUCCAUCCGUCCCUCAGCUGGCCCGUCCAUCAAGCAGAAACAGUGGACCAGUAUUGUUUUCAAAGACUUCAUGCUCACCUAUGUAACUAUAGCAACUCAUGCCAAGUUGCCAUGGUUACCUGCUUACACGAUAUAAUACAGGAGCAUAUCGUCAUAUAAAUGUAUUAUUUUCAUACAACCCAAUGUAUAUAAUAUUGUAUAGAACACUUUGCUAAGUAUUAUACUUCAAUGAAGGAUGUAAGAGAUGAAUCCUCAUUCUAUGCACUGGACUGAAUCAAGGACUGAAAUUUUGAAAGAAAGAUUUGGGCCAUUUUCUGUCUGUGUAUAACCUUCCUAUGGCUAUGUUCAGUAUUGGUUGUAUGACUACCCUUACCGUGCACAUUGCCGAAGCCAUUAUCUGUGUCAGUAGAGACCUCUCUAGGUAACUGUAGAAAUGUCUAUAUUUAUUUAUUUUCAUAUCCAUGUCUGUAGUAUGGUUAUAACCAUAUGUCUCAUAUGAACAAAUACAUCUUGUGUCAUCUUUCGAAGUUUCGACUAUUUGGUACAGGUUAUGUAUUGCUUUAUCGAGUGCUCUCAGUCUCAUUGAUGAUGAUGGUGCAACACUCUCCAGGUUAUUUGUCAUCUCUGAAUAUCGUAUAUUAUUCCUUUAUAAUGAAUACACCGCUGCUAAGAGGACUUGCUUUACUUUGGAGAAGUUAUUUAAUUUCUUCAAGUGAAUCAUCAUUUCUUGUAGGUCUUGUUAAGGGGAACAGUCAGUAAAUCCUCUGGAAUGACAGUUAUGAUAAGUCCAGCAAGAAGAACACCUUCCUCAAACUAUUUUCAGAUUAAACAAUCUCACCAAGACUCACCAUUAUGUCACAUGGAAUUAUCCUUAUGUUUUGUUUUUCUUUUCCAGAAAUCUUUUCCUUAGUGGAAGAAUGAAAAACUUUUAUUGACAGUAUUUACAUCAGGUAGAAUGUUGGCAAGAAGAUCAUGCUAGAAUAGCAAGAUGUAUGUGUUCAUAUGAGACUUGAAUGUUGUUCUGUUAGAGUAUUGUAUGCCAGUUGUGUAUAGACACUAAGCUGUAUAUUAAUCCAUGUUAUUUAUAGCGGAGGACCCUUCAGUAUUGUAGUGCCCAGCAGCAGGCCACGCAGUCUUCUUUCACCAGCUCUUGCUGAAGUGUUCAGUACAGGCUGAAGUGUUCAGUAAAGGCUGAAGCAUUCAGAAAGGGAUGAAGUGUUCAGUAGGGGCUGAAGUGUUCAGUAAGGGCUGAAGUGUCCAGUAGGGGCUGAAGUGUUCAGUAAGGGCUGAAGUGUCCAGUAUUAGCUGAAGUGUUCAGUAAGGGCUGUCAGGAGAGAGGGAUGCUGAAGUGUUCAGUUAAGGCUGAAGUGUCCAGUAUUAGCUGAAGUGUUCAGUAAGGGCUGUCAGGAGAGAGGGAUGCUGAAGUGUUCAGUUAAGGCUGAAGUGUUCAAUAAUGGCCGAAGUGUUCAGUAUGAGCUGAAGUGUUCAGUAUUGGCUGAAGUGUUCAGUAGGGGCUGAAGUGUUCAGUAAGGGCUGAAGUGUUCAGUAAGGGCUGAGUCAGGAGAGAGGGCUGCUGCAGCUGCUGGUGUAGGGAACAUGACUGGUGCCAGCCACACUACACUGGAGGAGAACUUGAUUCACUGCCAGUCAGUAAUUUGGAGAUGUUACAGUGUAACUCUUGCUUGUAAUCAGUUGGCCAUGGGAAGAAGUGGUACAUUGUUCAACUGGGAGUAGUCAAUGUCGCUGCACUUUCCAGUAACAACAGUUAUCUCACCUCAUCACUUCAUAGCAAAGACAUUAAAGAUGGUAUCAAGGUUUGAGCACUACCACAAGUCAUGAAUGCAGAUGCGGUGGUGGGGUAGCCUAGUGGUUAAAGCGUUCACUCAUCACGCCGAUGGCCUGGGUACAAUUCCUGCCAUGGGUACAAUGUGUGAAGCCUGUUUCUGGUGUCCACUGUGGUGACAUUGCUGUAAUAUUGCUAAAAGCGGCUCUAAACCCAAAUCACUCAUUCAUGAAUGCAGCCACCCAUUCAAGAUAUGCAUAUGGUUCAGUGUUUCCUUGAUAUGUUUCGACUUGGAGGUGGUAAGUUGAGAUAACUGAUUGGUGUAAUAAGUAAGUAUGUGAUAUAAAAGAGGAUCCAGAAAUUUCUCGUUUUUACUUGUUUAUCUUAUGAAGGAAAAGUUUGAUUGAAGGUUGGUUUCUGUCAACUUUUGGACAGUUGUCGGCCAUUUUAGAUCAUCUGAGGACAAUGAAUUUAAUGCUGCUUCGUCUGUGAUUUGUUAAUUUGUUGAUCUCCUCGUCACUGUUUACUUUUAAUUCCUACAAUCAUGCUUUAAACCUAUCAUUCUUUAAUCUUUCCUUUUGGAAAUGUAUUUUUAAUUGUGUAAUGAAUUGUCGGACAAGGAACAUUGAAAUGAAGAUGUUCUCAAGCCAAGAUUCUAAUGCCUUCUUUGCCACUAGUUGUAGAAGGAAUUGGAAUUACAUGUCGAUUUCGUUCUCAUCGAAAUGCUAAUUAUUUGUGGUGACGUCCACACCCACAUUCCAUUGUAUGUGAUAUCAGCCUGGUGUUGUGAUGUAUUGUACUGCUGAAGGUGCUGGGCUGUUGCACCAGUGUCUGGUAGACUAGUCCUUGUAGCAGACCCUCGACCGUGGCUGGCCGCCCGCCCGCACGCAGCUCAUAGCUCAUGCAUGUAUGUACGGAUGUUAGGAUGUCCGUGCUCUGUCGUGAGUGAAUCUGCACUGUGAUAUUGCCAUUACUAUGUAUACUAUACAAUAAAAAAUUAAAUGUUAAAA